AGAAUCAAAAUAUAUAAAAACAAUAAUCUAUACAUGAUUAAAUAAAAAAUGUCAUCUCUCCGUGAUUUUAUUAAGAAUAAUAGAGUGCUAAUCGUUAUGAUACCUGCAAUUAUUGGUAUACAUGUAGGAUGGAACAUGGUACAAAAUAAUGAAAUAUUUGUUGAUGAGAAGGAUAGAAAAGAGUUGCCGAUAGUAGUAGGAGCUAAAAGAUUAGUAGCAAAAAUUGAAAAUAAUAUUUCACCCUCUUCAGAAGAAAAAGACGAGAAAAAGUAGAAAUUGUGUUGCUUAG